AUGGCCCUUAGUAAUUCUAGCUGGAGGCCACUCCAUCCUUCUUUUUUCCUGAUGGGCAUCCCGGGUUUGGAGGAAAGCCAGCACUGGAUAGCAUUGCCACUGUGUGUCCUUUAUCUCCUUGCUGUAAUGGGCGAUGUCAGCAUCAUCUUCAUCAUCUGGACUGACCCAUCCUUGCACCAGCCUAUGUACCUCUUUCUGGCCAUGCUAUCUGGCAUUGACCUGGUGCUGGCCUCCUCCACUGCGCCUAAAACCCUUGCAGUGCUCCUGGUUCAUGCCCAUGAGAUUGGGUACACUGUCUGCCUGAUCCAGAUGUUCUUCAUCCAUGCUUUCUCUUCCAUGGAGUCAGGUGUACUUGUGGCCAUGGCUCUGGAUCGCUAUGUAGCCAUUUGUCACCCUCUGCGCCAUUCUACCACCUUGCAUCUGGGGAUCACAGGACGCACUGGGUUGGCAGUGCUGGUACGGGGGUUGGUCCUUCUCCUCCCCUUCCCUAUCCUGUUGCAACUCAUCUUCUGCCAGGCCACCAUCAUAGGCCAUGCCCAUUGUGAACGUAUGGCUGUGGUAAAACUUGCCUGCUCGGAAACCACACUGAACCGAGCUUAUGGGUUGGCAGUGGCCCUGCUUGUGGUUGGGCUAGAUGUUGUGGCCAUUGGUAUUUCCUAUGCCCUCAUCCUCCAGACUGUGUUCAAGGUACCAGGGGGUGAGGCCCGACUUAAGGCCUUUAGCACAUGUGGGUCUCAUAUUUGUGUCAUCCUGAUCUUCUAUGUUCCUGGAAUGUUCUCCUUCCUCACUCAUCGCUUUGGCCACCAUGUACCCCAUCACGUCCAUGUUCUUCUGGCCACCCUCUACCUCCUUGUGCCACCUGCACUCCGUCCUCUUGUCUAUGGGGUGAAGACCCGGCAGAUCCGCCAGCAAGUACUUAGGGUUGUCUCCCUAGAAGGAUAG